CGGAAUUAUCGGUGGAUCUCGCGAUGAUCGAGUGCAGCCGCCCCGUGGGCGCGGUGGUGAAAAUUCAGUGAAAAACAAAUUUUCCAUCGCCGAGAUUCUCGAGGAGGAGACAGCAAAACGCUGUUUCUUGGUGCGAGAGAGAGAGAGAGAGAGAGAGCGAGCGAAGGAAGAAGAGAGCUGUUACUCCGGUGUCGAGGUUGGAAUCCCGUUCCGAAUUCAGAAAUCGCUAUAAAAAUUACAGCCCGUUAUCCUCUUCGUCGUCUUAAUUUGUCCAAAUUGAAAAGAAGUUGUCCCAUCCAACAUACCAAGUGCAAUAGUGCAACAGUGCAGACAGGUUUUACCGAAUGCAGGAAAAAUGUUGCCAAUCAUGUUUCCAUGCCACUGCCCACGACGACAAAAUGUGCAAAGUAGUAGGCUCGUUGUGGGUUCGAGCAGCUCGAUGAGAAAAAGGCAAUCUGGUUCAUCUGCUGGCCACCAUCAUCCAGCAAGAUUCGUGUGAAACUCCAGCAUCACGGCAUAUCAAUAAGUGCAGUGCGAGCCAGUGUCGAAACUGGAGUCGUGUGUUCUCUCGUUCCGCCGUCGCCAGAUUGCAAAACCGCAAAGUGUCGUUCAAAGCACCGAGUGGGGCAAACCGUGCAAACACCCAAAAGUCGUCGGUAAAAAAAAGGGAAAUACAGCUUGCAAUAAGCUCCAUCCCAAAGGAAACGACGGAGCAAGAAGCAGGCCGGCCAGGCAUCCAUCCCGAGCGGUGAAUCGGUGUCGCGCGCGCGUCGCGAUAAUACGAGAAUCUCUCGCGAGGUGCGUCCUGCUCCGCGGGGUCAAUUUGUUCGCGUUCGCGCCGUGGUUUCGGGUUUCGGAAAACAUUUUUGUGUUGUUCGUUGUUUCGUUUCCGUUUAGUGCGCCGCCGACUGAAGUGAUUUGUUUUUAAUUCUGUUUUCAAUCCCCGUGGUAAAAAGUUUUUUUUUGUUUCCGCGUCGCGGCACAACAAAAAGCCGGAGUGGAAUGAAGACCGAGAUGGCGCCAUAUCCUGGAUAAGGUGUUAUCUGUUGAGCAAUCAAUAAACAACUCAUCAAACACGCACCCGGCUGGAUUGGGUGGGCAUGUUGCAAAUGGAUUACGUCUACUUAGCCCUCCGGCCGCUUCGAGUGCUUCACUGGGAAUAGAGGACGGUGUGCAGCGAGCGUAAGAUCGAUUCGAACGAUUCGUCCUUUCGCAGUCCGGUGAAGGAGAACCUCUUCUACGAUGAAACCCAAAAAGCAACAACCGACGGAAAGGAAGCAGAGUGCGGCGGCUUCUGCAGCGUCCGCAAGCUCGGGAGCAGCGAGUGGCGAUGGAGCGGGAGAACCGCCGCAGAAAGCAAUAGAAUCAGCGGUGGCCACUGGUGGAAGCGCAGUGGUCACGGGUGCCGCAUCGACUCCGGGUGCUGCUGUCUCUGCACCAUCGUCUAGCUCCAAGAAACCCGUAAAACGUCUGCAAUCAAAAGCCAAAGAUCUCACGGUCGGUUCAUCGGCGGAAUCGGCAAACACUGCGACCGGUAUCAGCGGUUCGGGUGGUGGAAAACCGUCGGAAAAACUCCAAUCCAGCAAUGCCGGCGCCGUCGCCGCUGCAGCCACCGGUUCAAUAAGUGGUCCGGUGCAAUCGAGCAAAUCAAAACCAUCUUCGACGGCGUCCAACGCGGGCAUGAAAAGUGCGGCCAGUGCCGGGUCGACGGAACAGCAAACGUCGACCGGGUCGAGCGAUGGACCGAUAGUCGAUAGCAUUACACCGAGUAAACCCACGCCGGCUGGUAAAGGCUCAAAGGCUACCGGUAAGGCUUCUAAAGCCGAUUCGGCUCACGGCUCAUCGGCACCUUCGAGUACGCCGUCCGGCAAGUCGGGCGAAGCGAAGAAAAAACCAUCCGCAGCUUCUUCGAAAGCAACUGCGAGUGCAAGUGCCGGAGGCGGAAGUACCGCGAAAAAAGGCAACUCUCAGGCGGAAAAGCGAAAGCAAUCGACAGCUGGUGCUGGCAUUAAUCCUUCAUUAGAACCAGGCGGCACUGCCGGGCACGGUGCAACGGACGUAGUGACGACGGGUGUAACAGCACCGGCAACGGCGCCACCGACCGCCGAUCGGUUACGGGAGAAGGAGAAAAAGAUUCAAAAGGAGCUCAAGAAUCUCGGCAUUUCCGACAAGACACUUCAUCAAAUCGAUGCCGCCUACCUGCGGACGACGGACGAUACCUCGGUUAACCCUUCGAUCAGCGAGAUGGUUAAGACGAAGUCACGCGCGACCGUCAGCCACGCCAAGUACAGCGAAUCACAGCUGGCCACCGGCGCCGGAUCGUCUAGCAGCAGCUCUACGGCAGGCAAUGGAGGGCGAAAAUCUUCCGUUACAUCCGAGGAUGCCACUGGGGCAUCUGGAGCUACGGAGCAGCAAGGACAGCAGGAAGGCAAGACGGGCCCCGGCACAGGAAAGACCAAAAAGUCAGUCACACUGAAGCUCGAUUCCAUGGAGGAGAAAUCAACACCGGCCAAGGGUGGUGGUAAAUCGCCUAAAGAGGGCACCGGAGAAUCGACACCGAAAGCGACGACCGUCAAAGGUGGCCAAAAGGGAGCCGGAGAAACCGGUGGUAAAACGGCUGCGAAAGCACCUUCGAAGGGGGGAGGCUCGGCGUCCUCGUCGUCGAGCAAAUCGAGCAAAAAAUCGGCCGAGGGGGGGAAGCAAUCUCAGCAACCGAAAAAAGGUGCCACCGGUGGUGGCGCAUCGGUAGCGGCUGUCGGUCCCAAGCCCUCGGUUCCGGUCGAAGAUCGAAAACCGUCGGCCGCCGAAGUGGGAUCGAAACAAGUAACUUUUGAAACUUCACCAUUGACGGCAGGCCCCGGACGCGGCAGUUCCGUCGAACCGGACGAUCCGGAGGAGAAGAACGAGGCCGUUCAGAUUCAGAUCGAUAGCAUUGUGAAAGCGCUGGAGCAGGAAGAAGAUAGCGAUACGGCCGGCGUCGGCGUCGGCAAGAAGGACACUCCAGCAGAGGAGAAUGAUAAGAAGGAUCAACCUUCCGGCAAGGGGUUGCUCACCACAGCACAGGGACCGGCCGCUGCUGCUGCUGCUGGUGGUGGUGGUGUGAAGAAGCAGGGGCCGAAGGGUGAUAGUGACCCCACGAAGCCGUCACCACCGGCACGUAAACCGGCCCUGAAGAAGAGCUCGAGUGGAAGUCACGCCACGAAGGCGAUUCCCUCCACGAAGGAAUCUGGCGAAAAGCGGAAAGGAGGAGGAGGAGGAGGGAUCGCUUUCGUGGUGGAGAAGAAAGAGGUUACGUUCAAGGAGCAACCGCCAGUAGUCUCACCAGCGAAGCGGAAGCACGUCAAAAAGCCAAAGGCAUCCGGUGAGGAAUCCUGCGCUGGCGAAGCAAAACCGGCGAAAGCAGCAAAAGUUAAAGCGAACUCCAGCAAACCGGCGAAACCUUCUCCACCGGCCGUUGCGGCCCCAGGGCAGGGAGGGUCCAGUAAGCCGAAAAUAGUGACAGACUUAACGAAGGCGGCCGGUGCCAAGGAGCCAGCUAGUAACGAAUUGUCGAUUAGCAUCAAGCAGCAGCAGCAGGAACCACCGGUACCGGUACCAGCACUGACGUCUGUUGGUGGCGCCGCCUCUUCGGAAGUUGCCAACGUUACGCAAAAGAUCUCGUCAGAAUCUCAAAAGUCACAAGAUCCACCCCGGAUGGACACCAGUUCGCGGAAAGGGUCGGCUACAACGGCCACCGCCCCUCCGGUGGUUCAUUCUCAGCAGGAUCGUUCCUCGACGGAAAAUGAUGAUGAUUUGCCACUGAGGCAGUUACAGGUGAAGGCGCAACCGGAACUCUUUCCACCGGGACAGUCGCAGGAUAGUCACUCGAAAGCGAAGCCUUCCAUCGGAACGGACGAUAAGGAGCUCGCCGAGAAGUCACUCGAAGUGCAAUCUACUACUACUACUACUUCAAAAACGAAAAGUUCCGCACACACCGGAUGCGCGGGUCCAAUUUUAGCUAGUCUGCUGAAAAGUGGAGGACCGGCUGGCAAAUCGGCAAAGCGAUCGUAUGCCCGGAAACCACCGGUGGCCGCUGCUAGUGCAGCAUCAUCGGGACCGGGUGCUGGUAAAGCAGGAGGGAAACCACCCGCUACUGACCAGCUUUCGUCUCUACAAACCACGGAACUAGUUACUGGUGGUGGUGGUGCUGCUGGCAGUGCCAGGGCGAUUGAUCAGCGUAAGAUGGAGAAGAAGGACGUGUACGAUUUUGACGAUUCCGAUAGUGACACCGGUGCGGCAUUGGUGACGGGAGUAAAGCCAAGCUUUAAGCGCAAAUCCUCGGUAGAUCUUUGUCAGUCCUCCCGUGAAGACAUUUCCCAGUUAGACGAUACGGCGGUGGUCGGGAUGCCUCAUGAUACCUCACAGACUUCAGCGGUUGAGCAACCGGGCAAACCUGGACAGGAUAGUGACAGAGAGACCGAAAAACAGGCGCCCUGUGGCCCUGUUGCGAAAGCCUCCCCUGUUCGCUGUCCGGCACAGAAGAAGCAGAAAAAGCGCCCCACGGAAUCAACACUGUCACAACAGCAGGACUCGAAGAAGUCGGUAAAGUUGAAAACCGAGCUGCGAAGUGGUGGUUCAUCGUCCGGUUCGGAACCGGAGGAUCCGGGUUCGUUGCAGAAGGAGCGCCCCUUGGAUCAGCUUCCCGAGGCAAAAGUGAAGAAAAAGGUGCCAGCGAAACGGUCAGCAGCAAAACAGCAACAGCAGGAGUCAGCAAAGCCGCAUGGAGAAGAUUCCUCGCAAUCUUCGGCCGACGAUGGCGACGACGACGAUGACGAGAAGUUGGUGGUGGCAGAUGCAGCGGAGGAAGGAGAGGAGGUAGGGGAUGGGGCGGAGGAAGUGGAUGACGACGAUGAUUCGGACGGUUACUCGUCCACCGACACGGUACGGACGCGCAUCGCGAAGAAGCGCCAAUCGGCCAAGAAGCGCAACCUGAAGCUGUACGGUUUCUGGUCCGGUCCAAAGCGGCAUCGCGUUGCAUCGCUGAACGCGAUCGCGAAGGUGCACUGUCUGUACGAGAACGAGCGGCCGGCGUUCGAGGCCAGCCUCAUGAAGCAGUCGAGCGGGUCGCGUGUCAUCCGCACGAUCACGAAGGAUGGCGAACGUAUCAAGAAGGAGCGCAUCUGCGACGAGGACGAGAGCGUCGAGGGUGGUGAUGACGAGGGAGCAUCGGGCGCUGAGGUAGCGGCAUGUGAGGAGAAGACGAUCGCCACCGCCGCCCUGUCCAAGAGUGGCUCGAAACAGGAACGGAAACAGCAAGAGCAACCGAUGGCGGCAACACCCGUUGUGACGGCAACACCCACCGCCGUUGCUACCACCGUUGCCGAGCAACCGAAAGAGGAAACGAAACCGACGACGACGACGACGACGACGACGACGACGACGGUGGUGACGUCGGCUGCGAAGGUGAGCGUAAAGCAGGAACUGGCCAAGAAGGAACCGACGAGCAAUCAAGAUAGUAGCAGCAGCGAGUCGUCCGAGGAGGAACCGGUCGUAACGAGGACGUUGCGCUGUGUGCCCGGGUUGCGCGGUGCAGGCAAACACUGGGAUCCGGACGCUUCCAGCAUGGAGUCGGACAUCGAGCAGCUGCCAGACAGCGACGAAACGUACGCCCAGGGCAAGGACACGGAUCCGAUUCGCAAGCGUAAGGUAAAGAAGAAGGUCGUCCGCAAGAGCAAGGCAAAGACGGCGGCCCAGACGAAGCAGGAAAAGGAGAAAGAGAAGGAGAAGGAAAAGGACAAGGAGAAAGGAACCGGUGAUGGGGCGAAGGGAGCGAACGAAAAGUCGGAACAAAAGUCACAACCCAAACCACCCGUGAAGAAGAUCAAGAAAGAACUGAAAGCCCUGCUGACCGACAGCGAGCGGCAGGACGAUGGAGCCGCCAGUUCGUCGUCGACGGGCUCGGAGAAGGGUGUCGCCACGGUACCACCAAGCCCAAAGCCGUCCACCAAGCCCAAAGCACCGGAAGAGGGCGGCGGCGGCGGCGGGGGCGGCACUAAGAAACGCAAACGAGAGGGCCCCAAGGUGGAGGAGGCCGCCAACGAGGUGGUGACCGAUUACAAGGAGUACAUCGGGAAGAAGCGCAUGGCGAGCCUGAACGCAACCGCCAUGCUGGCGGCCACCUACGAGGUGCAGCGCACACUCUACCGUAACACCGACUCGAGUGACUCCGAGUGUUCGGCCGAGAAGGCACCGAAGUCGAAGAAGGCAAAGGAUCAAAAGGAUGCGGCCGCAGCGAAGGAGAAGGCUGCCGAGGCCAAGGAAAAGAAAGAGAUGGCCGCGAAGGAGAAGGCUGCCGAGGCAGAAGCGGCAGCGGUGGCCAAGAAGGAGGCGGCGGCGGCAGCUUUCGUGGUGGAACCGCCGGCUGCAUCACCACCGGACCGCAAACAGGUGGACCUGUCAAUAGGGUUGGCCGCAGCCGCUGCCGCUGCUGCUUCCGAUGCGAAUGCUUCAACAUCCGCGGCCCAGCAGGACCAAGUGCUGACCAAGAAGAAGAAGGUGGUCAUCAAGACGGAACCCAUGCGCGAUCGCAAGGACGAUCCGUUGGAAGUGAAGCGUGAAAUCGAAGAGCCUCGACCGGUGUCGAGCAAUUUGGUUAUCGCACAGGACACGGAAGUCACGAUUACCGGCGUGUACGUUAAUGCUACGCUCGGUACCAACCAGGAAGCAUACUGCAAGAUGCAGUAUCGCGUGCAGCAGAGUGUCACCGAGGAACGGUUGGUACGUCCCGGUGAGGUACCACCCAAGUCCUACACCCCACUAUCGGCACUGUCGAGCAUGCGCCCACCGAACGAUCAGACUCUAUCAACGCCACCACUGUUCGUACCGCCGGUCCAGUGUGACUCGCCGCUGCUGGUACACGGACCCCCGAGACCGUUCUAUCCACCGCCAACGUCGUCAUCGGGCAGCUCGAGCGCAUUCUGUGCCCCGUUGCCGCACGAUAGUCCAGGCUACUAUCAACCGGCUGGUCCGUUGAUAUCACCGCAUCUGCUACCGCCGACGACAUCCCAGCACCACCCAGGUGGUCCAUCGCUGGUGGGAUCGUUGGUGGGAAGCAAGAGCGGUGGAGGAGGUCCGGAACAUUCCGAGCACUCGCCACUGCAUCAUCUUCCGGGUCAUCCGGCGCAACCACCGGCUUCGACGACCGCAGACAGUACGGAUAGUGAUGUACUGCUGACAGGCGGUGACCUAGCGCCACGCGUUCCGGCUCCAUACGCGCACAGCCAUAGGUACGGUCCGGCGACGGGGCCACCACCACAGCAGGCCCCGCCACCACCAUCGGCCGCCAACCUGUAUCAGCGUCCGAUGCAGAUGCACUGUCCACCACCGCCACCAUCGGCUUACCUGGCGGCAAACUAUUACGGCUCACCGUACGGUCAGCCACCGCCACCACCACCACCGCCACAUCACGAGAUGUACUAUGCGCAUGCCUAUCCGGCACACUUCUAUCCGAAGUUCGCACCACACCAGUACUAUCCGACGCCCAGCCGGCGGUACUAUCCUGGGCCACCCGGUCCACCCGGUACCGAGCAUCUGUACGAACAGGCACCACCGGGAGGUGCACCGGUAGUUGGACCGGCACCACCACCGCCACCACCACCACCAUCCGGAGCGCAACUCGUACCUGCCGGUCCGCAAGGUCCACAGCAUCUCGAUCACUAUCCCUAUCCGUACCCUGGUUACGGUAGUCCGGGACCCGGGUCCGGUGGCCAGUGCUACUCGCGGAACCCCCUGCAGCAUCCCUCUCCGUAUAUGGAUGCGCACUACACAACCAAUUGCCCAUGUCCGAUGCAGUGUCCAAAAAACGUCAAUGCUGGGUCCCUUAUUGGUAUCAAGGCCAGUAAGGGCCCAGUAGCCACAAACAACAACAACAACACCAACACCAACAACAACACCAGCAACAACAGUACCAGCGGUAGCAACAGCACCAACAGCAACAACCAUAUCGUACAAAGUCAACCGAGCACGAUGACCAGCACGGAACCGAUCACGAUUUCGUCCAGCUCCAGCUCAUCAUCAUCUUCGACAUCAUCAUCUGCGUCCUCGGCUUCACCGGCGCCCCUUGAUAUUCAUGCGCCGAUCGUAGCCCCGGUUUCGGAACCACCGGCACCAACGGUUCCAACAUCUACUGCUGCAUCACAUACGGUGGCCUCCCAUGGUUAUCACCAUCAUCACCAUCAUCCUACCCCCCAUCAUCAUGCCCCUCUGCAAAGGCCACCGGUGGAGAUGCAUCCAUCGGCGCACCUGCCUACCCAUCAAUACCACCAUCACAAUGUACGGCAGGGUGCUCAAGGAGCACUUCCGGUGGAGUACCAGCAUCCACAAGCAUCUUCAGCAGCAGCGGGUGCACCAGUAACGGUAACAUCGACGGCAUCGAAUCCCUCCGUGCCGGCGUCGGUGAACAGCUCCAUCGCAAAACCAACGGAAACGGAAUAUCCAACGGUAGUUACGACGGCUCCAAGUAAUGGCGAUCGUCACAAUGCGGCCCGAAUGUUUUACAAACCCGACCAACAGCAGCUCAUCAAACCGGAGACAAUGCCGCCCGAACCACACGCGACAUCGAUGCACUACGGUAGUCCGUACCAUCAUCCGCAUCCGCACUACCAUCAUCAUCCCGGGCUGGGAUAUUACCAUCAUCCAGGGCUUUCGGCAGAACUCAAGGAUGAUCUGCAUGGACCACCGCUGGGCGGUAGUGUCCCUACGCCAUACACCGUGGCCAGUGUCGUCUUGCCACACGACAGUCCUACGCGAGGUGCCGGGAAAGCAGCAGCCAAUCAGAUGCAACCACCACGACCACUAGCACCACCGGACGUGCAGCUAGACGAUGCCAAACGGAAGAACCAAACCGAUGAAAAGCAGCACACCACAAUUAAAGCGAUCGUGAAGCAGGAGAUCGAAGAGUUUAAACCUGACUGUCUAUUAACGGUGGCCGACGGGGCGAUUUGUAAGAAGGAAAACUUUGAAGAAACCGGCCCAGCCAUGACGCCCGAGCUACCGCUGCAUGAGUCGAUCGUGAUCAAGAAGGAUCACGAUGAGCAGAAACCGGCACUAGUCCGUCUGCCGGAUGAGCCCAAGCCGGAGGCAGAGAUGGUGAAAGAUGGAUCGCUUCUAAAGCCGCUACUUCAACCGCACCAUCCAGAGCCUAAUGUGCUUCUUUCCUCGCACCAUCAUCUUCAUCAUCAGCAUCACCACAGUGCCAGUACAAAUCUACUACAUCAUCGCGUAAACCACCAGCUGCUGCACCAUGAGCUGACGGCAGACAAAGCGACCGACACCGGUGCACCGGCCCCGGAAGUGGAAGCAGACAGUAAAUGUGCACUCACGGAGCUAGUGCUCACGACGGAAGCCUCGCUAGCGUCGAAAGUAUCGACGGCGGCAGUCACCACGGCAAGUGUUACUAUGACAACCACGACCUGCAGCAGCACCACCAGCACCACGACCAGCACUGUACCGGCGGCCCUGGUAACGACGAUGACGACGGCUGCCAGCAGCAGCAACAGUGGUGCUUGUACGACCAUCAGCCAUCAUGCUAAGGACAUCAGUAGUGAUAGUAGUAUUAGUAUUAGCGAUAGUAUAGUCCCUAGCAUCGAUGGCAAUGGUCGCCUGGAGCACGAUCCGGCCUCUCCGAUAUCGAUUAUUCCGGCUUCGACCGUCAAGCGAAGACCGCUUCUGGUGGCUUGCAAAAAAUCGACCACCAAACAGUCACCCCCGAAUAGCUAUAAGAAUCUGAUCAAACGUACAAAUGGUGACGGUGACAGCGCUGAUGAUGCGGCCCCAGUUGACGAUGCACUCGAUGGCGCUCGAGCUGCCGAAUGUGCUGUAAGGGGAGAUGCUACUGUCGAGCUGAGCGAUGAGGAAGAAGAGGACGAAGAUGAGGAUGAGGAAGAGGAGGAUGAAGAAGAGGAAGAAGACGAAGAGGAAGACGAUGAGGACGAGGUGGAUGAUGUAGUUGAAGGAAAAGAUGUCAUGGGCGAACGGUGCGAGGUGGAAGAUGUGGAAGAUGUAGAGAUGCUCGAACAGGCCCGGCAAGAAGCUGCCCAGCGGCAACGAGUGAAGCGAAGUAGGAUCGCUUCAAAGAUCGCCAUCUGCAAACGCAGCUCCAAAAUGCCCGUGAUCAUCGGCCAUGGAGAGCGUCGAAAGAGCAUCAGUAGCGUCAACGGCAGCAGUAAUCACGGUACCGUUAAUAGUAUUACUGGGAACCGAAAGUUACUGUUACUAACGCACCAGAGCCGCCGAAAGUUGAAGAAACCGGGUACGCCCGUUUCGAGAAAACUCCUAAAGCGAGUGCACCGCGUAUUCCGUACCAGCAUCGAGUCACUCCGGAAGCUGCCACCAAGGUUAGGAGGAGGCCUACUGCCUGCCCGACAUCAGCGUUUCGUACGCAAGCUGCGGUUAUCGAAAUCGCCGGUCCGUUCGAUGAUUCAUGAUGGCACUAGCACCAGUACUUGUGAAGCGGUUGGCGAUCUAAUCGAUAAACAAGAUGCGUCAGUCUCUGCUCCUCCUUUGCACAGCUGUGAGUCAGGUCAGGAGAACAGUCAGGUUGCCGUUUCGUCUGUUAUCACUACCGAAGAGCAGCCGUUGCGUAAACAGCACGACGAGGAUAAAACGACGGAACAUCUUACGAUCGUAGCACAAUCGACUGCCGACGAAAAUCCAGUUAGUAACCAUUUGAUCACCGAAACUACGGCGAAAUCCAUCCUGGAAUCGGCAUCAACGGCGGUGAUAGAAGCAGAACCAGAAAAGCCCAUAUCGAACGUCGAUCGUACGAUUGAUCUCGUAGCCCGGGGAUACUUCUCCGAGCCCGAGAUUCUGCCGAUGGAUCUGAAGAUUCACUCGCGCGGUUGGCUGAAGAAGGUGAAGCAACAGCAGCAACAGGAGGGUCGCUCACAUUCCGAACAAAGCCGUGGAGCUUCGAAGCGCGAUCGAAGCAGCAGUAGUAGUGGCACUAGUACAGACUCCAGUGCUGGUUGUACGAAGAAAACGAAAACAGCGACACCGACGCUAGUGGACGAUCGGACAAUCAAUCGAUCGAAGAACGGUACUACGGUCGAGACUGAGAAGAAAUCAAAAUCCAAAACGAAAAAGAUUCCGCCGGAAUUGGCGAACGGAACUAGUGAACCCGACGGAAACGCUACGAAGAGCAAGAAAAAAUCCAGCUCAAAGGACUCCAAGAAAGAGUCGAAGAAAAAGUCUAAGAAACAGAAGCUCCAGGAUGGCCGCAGUAGUGGCAGCAGCAGCAACAGUGAAGAGCACAGACAAAGUGUUGUUACUCCUGGUGCUGGCUCAAUCCCGAUCGAGGAUGAACUAAGCUGUACAGUAUACCAGCGAGCAACAUCGACGCCAAUUCCUACGGCAAGCAUUCCCGAGAUCGGCGAAGAGCGACGUUGCCUUGUGACUCCAGGCGUUGAUGAUGAGUUACGGAAGGCGAAUCAGCUCGAUGAUAGCGUCACCGGUUGUCAACUGGAUCAAUCUUCGGUGAUUGACGAUCGCGAGACGGAUUUCGAUGAUGCAGCGACUAUGCUUGUUGAGGACGAUGUGGCCAGCGUGGACACCAGUGUACUAAUAACGCGCCACAAUAACAACAAUAACAACAAUAACAAUAGUGCGAUAAUAGAUAAGAACAACCUCGGUGAUGAACAGCAGUUGACGGCGGUGGGAAUGAUCGUACCGGAGCAGCGUCCACUGCAGGCUAUCAUAGCGGAUGGCAAGGAGGGUAGUGAGCUGGAACCACCGGAAGGGAUGGAACCAUUCUUGGAUGAUCCGAUGGAUGAGACUGAUGAUGGUGUACUUCGGUUACAAUCACCACUGUAUCAGCAGCAACAGCAUCAGCAAGAGCUACACUCCCUACAACCAACGACACUGAACCAACAACAGACGACCGUUGGCGAUGCAAUGCACUUGGAUUAUGGUGAUGAGGACGAUGACGAUGAUGACGAUGUACUGCUUGAUGAGGACGGGCAUGGUGGUGAGGAACUGCGACAGAAACGAUCCUCAAACCACCGGUCCGCCAAGAGAAGACGAUCACGCUCGAAAUCGUCCAAAAAGUUUAGCUCCAAGAAACGCCAUCGACCUUCGGCCAAAGGGUGCGAGAUAGAGGAGAUCAUAGUGCCAAGAAAGAGCACCAGCAUACCACGCUGGAGUAAUGGCUGGACCUGGGAAGGCCAACCAUUCCAGGGGAAAGUGUUCUUGAAUAGCGAUGAUGCACCAGUGCUUCGUACCUGCUAUCCGGCAAUGCGUCACUCGGAGGGCGACAUUAUAAGGCCACGCGAUUGUGUACUGCUGCGAGCCGGCAGUAAGCGUGCCGAACUACCGUACGUGGCUAAGGUGGCGCACCUCUGGGAGAAUCCAGAAGAUGGUGAAAUGAUGAUGUCGCUGCUGUGGUAUUAUCGACCGGAGCACACCGAACAAGGCCGCCAGCUAGCGGAUGGACCGGACGAAGUGUUUGCUUCCCGGCACAAGGAUCACAAUAGUGUCGCCUGUAUCGAGGAUAAGUGCUACGUUUUAACGUUUAGCGAAUAUUGCCGGUUCCGCCGCCAGUUGAAGGGUUUGGAGGAGAACGUUGAAGAGCAACCAUCAAUCGUGCCACCGUUGCGAAGGGAAAACCCACGGAUUCCUCCGGCGAUCGUGGCCCCGGAGCUGGUCAUGUACUGCCAGCGAGUAUACGAAUUCCGACUGAAGCGGCUCCUCAAAUCCACCUCCUAGUGAAGGUGGGACUGUGUGCGGCGAAGUCACGGCCACGGCAGAGCCAUCAAACAUGGUAACAGUGGCAGCAACAACGCUGGUAGAGAACCUUCUCACUUUACUCAAACAAUGGUCGAUGAUGCUGGUGCGGGCACCACAACGGAUGAUGGUUCCGGCGGUGUCAUCGUUUGAACAGACGCCGCACGUGACACAGCAGAGGUAAGGGGGGCAACAAUCAAAAUUGUGUCAAAUGGAAGAAAGCUGCAUAGACGACAGUUACAUAUCGAGGAUCCUCCGUGCAUUGCCAGUUGAUCCACACUCACACAAACACUUCACACACAUUCACACACAAACACACACAUCCGGUCUAGUCUUGAACGCACCGAGCUGAUGAGGCUCAUCAGCAGACUAUUAAUAUUGCGCUAAGCUACAAACAGUUAGAUUCGUUUAAGGAUUCGUUUAGAACACGUAUUAUUAGGUUGUACAGUUUCGUUUUUUUUUUAAUUUGUUUUCGUGAACUCUCUUCCCACUCUCUCUAUCUGUCUCUCUGCUCACUGUUCUACUGUUCGGUAUUUCGGUACCGGUUAUUUAAAAUGCAACAAAAUUUGUUACUAAUUUGGCCAACAACCUGUUAAUAAUAUUAUUUGUACAUACGGAGAUUCAGAUUUAAGAUUGCGUUUGGUUCUUAAGCGGCGCCCGUGCUCCCGCGUGAAGCCAUCUUUCUCAGUGUACGUAACACAAACUUUGCAGCUCAGUUUGCUCCCUACGAGUGCGCACAAACCAGAAGAAUAGUAAUCAAAAGACAAUCCUUUUUCUCGGAGGAACCACACCGAUUGGCCGAUUUACGAUUGCGCAACAAAACGAUGCACAUGUCGCGAGGUGCGAGUACGAAGCUGGUUUCUCGCCAAAUUCAACGAGCCUGGUUGGUUGAAUGUGCGUGCCUGUGUGUGUGUGUGUAUAUGCUAAAUGCUAUCGAUACUCGGAUGCAAACUCAGGAUUAAUGCUGCGAUAGCACAGCUACCGAGCGUGAAAACAUGAGGGAGAAAAGGAUAAGCUAAGCGGAGCGCAACAACAACACAAAGAAAAGUAACAUUUAAAAUGCAUUUGAUAUAUUCACUAUUGAUCGCGUGGCGAACAAUUAGGGAGGGAGCAGUUUGUGUGGGGGAAGUAUGCGAAAGGUGUACACUAGUGUCCUUGUAGAGGGGUUUGAUGAAGUCAAGUAACAACAAUAAAGUAAAUAAAUGUGUCGCGAUAACUAUAAACUGAAGCGACACUGCUUAGCGAAGUGAGAAAGUGGGUGCGAAGCG